CGAACUGCUGUUAUAUACCGCACGGAAAUUUCAUUACCAUCUGUGACCGAAUUAGUUGAGUCACGCGCUCUCCGGAUUAAUGUGUGUUUACAUUUGCGUUCGUCGAAGUAUAAAAAUGAGAAUUGCGAAUUAAGAUCCGCAUAAUAAUAUUUUUUCCGGAUACAAAUAGUAUUAGACAAUGUUCGCGUGCAGUACUUUAUUCGGUUAAAUUCCUUGUAAACCGGAAUACGGUUGAUUAUAAUGUAUAUGUAGUGGAAAUGUAUGCUUUAACUUACAGGCUAUAUUGUACGAUAUACUAGUGAUUGUGUUUUACUAUAAUAUAGGUUACUGUUUUACAGUUAUAUAAUGUUAUAUAGGUUUCUGCAAAGUAACAAUGUACCGACAUAAGUGGUGCUGUUUAAAUCAAUUGUAGUGGCUUAAACUCAAGUUUGUGGAAUACAUAUAAAAAUAUCAAUUCUUGGAUAAACUUGGUUACAAGAAGUGAAAGUAAAAGAUUUUUAAAUAAUGGCCGGUUUAGAAAGAAAACGUUUGAAGGAAGAUAAGGAAAGGGCGUUAAAUUGGAAACGUUGGGGUCCCUACCUGUCGGAGCGACAGUGGGGCACGGUGAGAGAAGACUACUCGGAAAACGGCGACUGUUGGAGUCACUUCACGCACGAUAUGGCGCGGUCACGUGCAUACAGGUGGGGUGAAGACGGACUUAUGGGCAUCACGGAUAGACAGUGUCGUUUAUGUAUGGCACUAGCGCUCUGGAACACAAA